ACCGGUUUAGUUAACACUGAUCUAAAAGAAUUAACCAAUCUUAAAUAUUCCUUACAAGUAGUAAUGUCUAUGAUUUGUCUAUUCUUUUAGAUCAGUAUUAACUAAACCGGUUAGGUCCGUCGUCUAAACGUAGUCUCUCUGACACUUUUCGAAUUGGAGAUUUCCUAUGACGAUAAUGCAGUUUUUUCAGUCCAAAUUCAAUUCCUUUAGUAACAAACCCUGUUUAUUGUGUAUGUUGGGUUAUGUGUGACUGGAGUACACGUCAAAUUGUGACAGUUUAUUAGAUAAAAAUGAAUAUUUUGCCAAAAAAACGAUGGCACGUUCGAACGAAAGAGAAUAUCGCCCGCGUACGUCGCGAUGAAGCACAAGCAGCAGAAGAAGAAAACGAUAGGAAGGCCAGGAUACGAAAAGCUGAAACCGAAGCACGAAUAAAUUUGUUGAGGGAUCGUGCAAAGAGCAAACAUGGAGAUAGUGAAGAAACCAAAACAGAAGAAUCUUCAGAAAGUACUGAAAAGUUAGAGCAUGUUAAUUUCUUUGCUGAUCUUGAACAAGGGAAAGUUGAUUAUUCAAAGCCUAAUCAAGAACAUGAAAAGGAGAAGAAGGAGGAGAAAGAAAAGUAUGAAAAGCAAAUUGGAUAUUUGACGUAUCUUGGUCAAGAUACCGAUGAAGCAACAGGAAGAAAGAAGUGGUAUGAUGAAUUACCUAGAAGAUUAACUGACACAGAAAAGCAUGUGGAAAUUGAAACAAAACGAAAAUCUUUUGAUGAUCCUUUGGGCGAUAUCAAAAAAUAUCUACGCAUUAUGGGGUCAUCUGCAGGUGAUUCUGGUUCAAGGAGUAAGAUUAGUGAUGAGAGAAAGAAACGGAAACGUGAAACUGAUAGUUCGGAUGAGAAAACUAAUGUUAAAUUAAAACAAAAAAAGCAUAGCAAGAAGUCAAAGAAGCAUAGUCGCUCAAAAGAAGUAGAAUUGGUAUCUAGUACUGUCAAACCAGCAUUUGAUAUUGAAAAACUCAGAGCAGAACGAUUACUCAGAGAACGUGCAGAGAAAUUAAAAACUGAAGCGUUACUAGCGAAAAUGCGUGGUGAUCCUGUACCCGUUGCAUCUAAAUCAGUUCCCAAACCUGUUGUCAAACAAAGAUACCAUUCCCAAUUCUUCCCAGAAAUUGCCAGACAAAAUGUAGAAAGAUCACCAAGGCGUUAGGUGCAUAAAUUACGAAUAUGCGGGUAUAUGCCAUUUGUUAACGUGCUGAACAUUAUGUAUAUUCAAUUAUAUUGUUACAUUAAAAAUUGAUAUAAGAUGAA